UUUACAUGUGUGUGUAGCUUGCUCGUUCGUUUGGUUGACAAUCGCGAUGUGAUGUAUUCUAUCAUCGCAUGCUGAGUUAUAUUUUCAAUAAAAUCUUUUAAUUUUUAUAUCAGUUACUCAAUUAUUUUCUAAAUGUUUUCUUUCGUUGUGACCGCCUUUCUCUGUUUUGAUUUCUAAAUAUGUGUAAUUUGCCGCCGAAGUUCCAUUCAGUGUGUCGCCUUUGUUUAUCAUUCUGUGGCGAUAAUUGCAGUGAUGUUAAACUUCCAAUUUUUGACCGUGAUAAGGAUAAAUCUCAACUUUCCGAUAUGAUUAGGACAUAUUUGUCAAUAAUGGUUUACCCGGGUGACCUACUGCCACAGGUGGUAUGCGGGAGUUGUGCACACAAGUUGGACGAGUUCCACACAUUCAGAGAACUAACACACAAAUCUGAAAGACUGUUGGAACAGUUUCUUCAAUAUGCAAAUUCUCUGACAGGUUCUAAAGAGGAGAACUUGAGCAUAACGGCGGCAAAACUAGAAGAAAUAAUUAAGCCACUGACAGACAGCGAUUACGACCACGAGUCAAAGAUAAAAUAUGCAGAAAUCGGCUCUCCAGACUCCACUGAAGAAAUGAAGAACGCUGAGAGCAGGCAGGCGGCGGUGGCACUGCUCUCGAUCAAGCAUUACGACCCUACUAAGUAUGUGGUCAAACAGGAGGAGGAACCUCACAUAAUGUUCAACAGCGUGCCGAGUUUGCCGCCCUCGGAGCGUGCGAGAGAGGUGAUGCACUGCAAUGCCGUCAUCGAUAUUAUAAGCAAGGCUGUGGCGGUCGCACAGCGAGAGAACGAGGAAUCUCAGAAGUACCCUUCUAACUACACGAGCGUGAUAGAUAGGACGCAGUCGGGCGCGGCGCAGGCGUACCCGCACGAGUACGAUGAGCAGUACGCGUAUACCGCACCGCGCGCCAGCCCGCCCAGCCCAGACGACCAUGACAACAAAGAAAUGGAUCUCUCGCUGUACGGGCCUAUAAAAAAUGAACCUGCCGAACCAACCGAUACCGCUGAACAGGACAAAAACGCGUACUUCCAUAGAAAUGUAGCUCAAAACCAACCGGGAUAUGCUGAGGAAUACAAGCAACAAACUUACACACAUUCGUCGAAUAGAACUAAAACGUCUAAAGACAACUCUUCAGUGUACGAUGACUGCAGUCGGAGUAGUAGCGGGUCGGACCCUGACAGACUACAAAUGGAUAUCUCACAAAUGUCACAGGAUGACCCAGAGGAGACUCAGUCGGCCCGAUCAGCGCAGUCGUCGCCCCAACCGCCGCAGGAUGGCGAGAACGACAAGGAGUCCCUCUGGCAGGCACUCCACCGGCAAAACGGUCGUGGUGGCGAGGCUACACAACUGUUGCGGCGGCUAAUCAACAGCAAGCAUCUCGGCAUGACUGUGUCCCCCCUCCGCAACACCACAUCCCCCCUUUCCCCCGCUAUGCAGCAACCAAUCAACGGCACUGUUUCACCGAACGGCGAAUGGCAAGGCUCAGGGCGCGGGGCGUCGAUAGCGGGGGGCCCUGCGGGCACGGCGCGGAGGAAACAGAGCUUCCCCGCGCGCGCCACGCCCGCCGCCCCCGCCGCCCCCGCCGACCCCGCCGCCUGGACCGCGCCCGUCGCAGAUCCGCAAGAUUCAAUGGAAGCAUCACCCCCUGGCGGGGUGAGCGGGGCGGGAGGCGCGCGGGGCGGGGCCACGGGAGGGGGGGCGCGGGUAGAGCUGGCGUGCUCCAACUGCGGCACUCAUACCACCACAAUAUGGCGGCGCGACGCUCGAGGGGAGAUGGUCUGCAACGCUUGCGGCUUGUACUAUAAGCUGCAUGGGGUGCCGCGGCCCACUGCGAUGCGGCGCGAUACUAUACACACGAGGCGUCGCCGGCCCAGGCACGACGCUAAGCAUAACAGGAACAAGUCUCGCCGAGGCGGCAGCGGGGCGGGCGGAGGGGCGGGCGGCACGGCGGAGGCGAGCGCAGGCGCGGAGCCCGAGGAGGCCGUGCUGGCGGCGCUGCGCCGGCAGCUGCAGCCGCAUCUGCUGGCUGCGCUCCACGCGCACUCCGCGCCGCGCGCGCAGGUGGGCCUGAACGCGGCGGAGUACGACGAGGCGCCGCUGAACCUGGUGGCCAGUCACGUGGCCGCCGAGGAGACACACUGACUGCUUUGUGAUACCGCCCCCCGGCCCCUCCCCUCCCUACCCCUCCCCUCCAUCCCCACCACACGCCUCACUGCACACUGUAUGAAUCUCUAAACUCAAGGAACAAUGGUAAUCUCUGGUCCUUCUUUUGCAAACUGUUUGAUUUAUGUUUUACAUAUUUAAUUGUUUCAAUCUGCUCUGACUUUUACAUUUGAACGGGCAUACAUCGUAAAACAUUGUGAAAUUAUCCUACGUAAGAUAAAAGAAAAGCUAUAAUAUCCAGUAUCAUUGCUAUCUCUUGCAUAUUAAUAAUAUUGUACAAAAAGUUUGAUAAUUAAAAUACCGCCCUUUAGGUGAACUUAGUGCAAAAAGGAAAUAUUAACAUGGCGUUCGAAUAUAAGGGUUAAAGCAGACUUGGUUACGUACAAAACAUUUAGGUAUUAAUUUUUACCUGUCACUAUCUAAAGCCGGUAUCAUUUUAUCUGUAAGGCGUUUGAUAGGGCCUAAAGAGAUUCAAAUUAAACAAAUCCAAGUUAAAAAUAUACUUAAGCCAAACGAAAAGCAAUAUUAUGCCAGUUGUAAGUAAAUCUACUUAGAAAUAACAUAGCCAAUGCCUUCCUACGCGUUGUGUAAUAUUUUGUAAUGCAUUUUUUGCAGUUCGACUGCUUUACCUAGAUAAGUAGGUGGCACGUUGGACUCAGUGUUGCAUGGAAUUCUCCAUACUUUGAGAUUUGGGUUAAAAUGUGCAUUUUAUGAAGGCCGUAAUACUGCCAAUGAUUUACAGAAAACACCAUCGACACCAAAAACUUUUUAAAUAACAUUUGAGAUUCAUUAACAUAAGACAGUAGUAACCAUUAAUCAUUAGAAUAACGUACAAAAAGUUUUUUGUCACUAACGGACAACACAAAAUGAUAUUUAUUCGUCAUUGUAUUUUUAGUAACGAGGCCAGUGUAUAAACAUACAUUAUGUAUUUUUAAAUACCUAUUUCGAAUCCAAGUUUUCUCUUACAUAUAUCAAUUAUUAACAUUAUGUAGUCACUACAUAUUUUUAUUACCGAGUAAACUCGACCUAUGAUAAUUAAUGUAAACUGGGUGAUACGAUGUUACAUGACAGAAAAAGUAUUAUUUGAAAAACAGGGCAUUAUUUCCAUAUUGGGGCGUUGAGAAGCAUUGUACGUGGUCAUUAUCUUAGUGCCUAUUUAUUAUAUAGAAGUUGAGAUGAGUUGUGAUUGUAUGGUGGUAGGAUCUUACUUGUAGACAACUACGUGUGUUAUACGUAGCGCAGUGGGUACAGCUGCCUAAUCGUGUGCCUAUACAGUACGUAGGACGCCCGCGCGUCGCACUAUUGCCAAUUCUUUGAGUGAAUCUCAUAAAGCUAUUUUUACACGGGAAUAUUUGUGCUCAGGUUUUAUACUAUCUACUAUCUAUUUCCUAAAAAUACAAAGUAAAUGGCUUUCACUUUUCGUGACUUGGGCGAAAUUUCGGUUUUUAAACUGCAAACAAUAGUGGCGUCUUAUAGUUUGCAGAAAAGUAGACACGCAAAUAAUCCCGUGUAAAAGUACCUUUAGCAUGGUAUGAUUUUUUGGGUUUCGUUAAAUCCUUGCCUUAAAAUGCUCUCUUAAUUGAUGAAAUUAUAUUUACGGUUACCUAUUGCAGGAAGCAAGUAUUCAUUUAGGUUAAGGUCAGUUAAGAUACUGUAAAUUUUAUUUUAUUAGCGGUAACACAUAAAGGUUAAAUUCGUAAAUUAUAGUAUCUAAUUUAUUUCCCAUUUCGGUCAGUAUUUACGAUGUAAGUAUUUUAUUUCUAUAUAGUAUUGUAUUUUCUUUAGUUUAUUUAGGCUACGAGAUGUGGUAAGAAGCAAUAAUUACAAACAAGUCUACCUUUGAAAUAGCAGAUACCCAAAUAAGCAAUAAUAAAUGUUAUGCAGAAUAUGGUAUUUUAUGUCCAUGUAAAAGUAUUUUUAUACCACAACUAUAUCUCAAUUUAUCCUAGAUCUAGUACAUUUAUAGACUACGAGUACUAAUUUUUGGCAUUAUUAAAAUGUAACUUAAGAUAUGUUGAUAUUAUUUAGGUACAAGUAUAAUAGAAUGAAACCGGGCAUUUCGUUAGAUAAGCGUUCGAUACAUACCUGCAUCUCGCUUGACGUCGGCAUUAUUGGACCAACAUUAACGAUUCACCUCAUCAUGGUCAGUUACGUUAUAUUUAUAGCGAAAAGCAUUUAUGUAGUUGGAAUCCUGGGCUGUUUUAUUAUUGCUUCAGUUCGACUUACGUUGUAACUUCACCGUCCCUUUACUUGUCUCUACUUAAUUUAGAGUUAGUUCGUUUAUACCCGUGGGCCAGUAUGCAGCAGUCUAUGAGACAUUGUGAUAUGCCGCAGCCGGCGGCGUGUGAUUUUAUUGCAGCUAUCUGUUCAACUAUUCUCAUGUCUUAUCAUAUUUUAAAGCUUUAAAUUUGAGAUUAUUUAUUCAUUGAAUUUAUUAUUGGGAACAUAUUAUAAUGACGUUGUAGUAUUUAACAUUCUUUCGCUCCUACACUUCGGAAUGACAGUUUGUAUUGACAAUAAAAAUUCAUGUUUAGUACGUAAAUUUUGCGAAAUUUUGCUCUCUAUAUCUAUAUUUAGCUCUCUGUAUUGUGUAGGGUCGAAACGACGUAGAUACUUAUUCAUUGAUUGAAAUUUACAAUUGAAGUGUUUUAUUUUUUAUUCUCAAAAUUAUGAUUGGAUCUGACAAGCAUUAGUUUAGAAUGUAUUCCAUUAGUUUGUGGCCGCAUGUCGGCGCUGGAGUUUUGUGUCCACUAAUAAUGCUGCUUGCAGUAGUGAUACAGUAUUAUUUUAUUACUCUACUCUUGUACAUUUUUUAGGUUAAUGUUUUUAUAUUUUCUUAGUUUUAUCUAGUUAACGUCCGAAUUAUUGUAUAUAUUCACCGAUUGUUUUACAACAUUUAUGUAAUUCUACCUGUAUAACAAUGGUUCAGUGUUUAUAGUGCGAGUUUUCGAUUCGAACUCGAUAGCUUUUACGUUUACGACACGCUACAACAUAAACGCUAUCAAGUUCGAAAAUUCUGAUUAAGAGGCCGAAAUGCGGGUUUGCAAUCCACUUUUCACUAUCAAAUCUUUUCUCCGUGAGACAUCAUUGAGGUAUGGUUCAUUAUAUUGUCAUCGCGUCACAACACUACACUGUGACUGGGUGACUGCGUGUCACUACGAAAAGAUUCGAUAGUGAAUUGCAACCCCGCACUAAGGCGGCACUGUAAGUUGCGCACGUGGCGAUGUCACUACGGCCCUCUCGUAGUUUUGUAGCCAGUAGCUAUCACCCUCGAUCUUCCAACUUGGUUAUUUAUUACUAUUUAGGUUAAUCUAUAUAUGGGUAUAAUGAGUUGAUGAACAAUGUAUAUCGUCAUUUAUAUACUAACAAACCGGUUGUGUUGUGUGUGCUUACGCUCUAACAUGCAUGUGUUUGUGGUUUCGUUUAUUGUCUCUUCUAAACGCUGCGAACGUCGUACCAAUUCGUUUUUUAUUUAUAAUUUAUGCUGAAAUAUUGGUUUCUUGUGAACGUUGUCGAUAUUACAUUCUAAUGUACCGUCACAUGUCGAAUAUGUACUAAAGACUGACAAUGUAACUCUGAUAGUCUCCUAUUCAUACGUAACUCGCGAACACGAAAGUGCGGUGCAGCGUCGCUAAAAUAUUUAAAUCAAUUGUGAUAUGAGUUGAGAAUGAGGUGUGUUUCUGAAAAGCAAUAAACAUUGUGAUAAAUGGUGAUGAUCAUUGUACGCAAGACUUACUUGCUGUCAUAGGAUGAAUAUUGUCAAUUAUAAAGUCUAUUUUCGUUGCGCGACCGUUCUCACAGUAUGCUUAUAUUCUCGUUCUAUAGUUUAUAUUUAAAUGCGUAGUAUUACACCGAGAACAAAGAAAAUUAUUGACAAGGGGUUAGUUUGGCCACAAAAUAUAGCAUGGCAGGCGCUGUCCUUGUAAUAGCCGGCACUUGAUGAGGGACAAAAGAUAUCAGUGCUGUCCCGUUUCUCCUUGUGUAUUUCUAAUACGCGUUUCUCUAUCUUGUAGGAGCGAAAUGCAAUAUAAGACGAUGUCUAUAAUUUUCUUUGUCAAAGGUUGUUACUGAAUCACAUAAUAUUUAUGAUACAUUCGAUUAGAGAGUACACGAAUGCUGUGUGAAAGUGCGCGUAACGUUCACUUUUCAUGUUAAAAUAAUAUCAUUUCUGAAAAUCCCAACCCAAUGUAUAGUAUUGUAGGCAGGUCUUUUAAUUUAAGUAUCAGUAAUAUGUUAAUAAUAAAGCAAUAAUUUCAAAUAUAUAUACAUAGCUUAUGGACCAUUUGUUAAUUGUUGUCGUGAAAUUACUUAAUUAUAUGUAUUAAUGGUAGGUUUCAGCAUAAAUUAUUGGAUUGAGAUUUAUCGUACGAACGCCGGAAUACUCAUUGUGAAACAUUAGAUAUUGUUGUAUAGAAAUAAUGUGACUUACGCAGGGAUGGAUACUUAAAUUAUUAAAAUUUUAACUGAUAUAUUGGCUAUGUAGUGAGUAGAAUAUUUUUUUACAAAUAAAUUAUAGCAGCUACUUA